AGGUCGGUCCGUUUUUGCUGCUCCCCUGGGGCGCUUCAUGCAGCCGCCAGCGCCUCCUGGCGGCAGAUGGCGCAGCGCUCCACCUCGGUCGGCGCUCUGUCCCCCAAGGCCGAUUACCACUUCGGCGCCACGCUGGAGCCAAGGUGCUGGAAGCCGGGCACCCGCGAGCCCGCGGGGCAGCGGCCCGGGCAGGCGCCGCAGGACUUCAGCUUAUGGAUGGCGAGUUGGACUGGGGCGGCCUCCGCCGCUGCGCUACCCGCGGCGCCGAGGCCACCGCCCUCGGACGGCAGCGUCCUGCAGAGCGUGGGCUCAAUGAGCAUGCUGCCGUCGGCGGCUGCCAGCCGUUCGGCGGGCCACUCGCGGAGAGCGGCCUGGAGGCACUGCGAGCAGGGCCCUCGCACGCGUCGGUGCCGUCGGGCCCGGGCAAGGUGCUGACGUACCCGAACCCGACCAACUGGAAGCGCUCCACCUCGCUGGCGACGCGCACCCCGGGGAUCAUCGGGCGGACGAGCCGGAUCCUCUGAGUGCCCCGCCCGUGCCCCUUGCCCCGGAUCCGCCGGCAGCGCACGACCUGGUCUCUCCUUCCUCCCCAGGACUUCGGACAUCUUCCGCCGUCCCCCCUCUCCUCCCUCGCUCCCUCGCUCCUUCGCUCUCUUCCGGCCGCCUGCCGCGCGAGCGCCGCGAAGCGCCACCGCCCGCGGCUCGGAGGCCGCGCCGCCAGCAGGCAGCCCGCUGGGCGCUGUGCACGAAGAAGUGCGCGUCUCUUCGCCCGGCCCCUCUGUUUCCCCCCCUUCCCCGUGAAGCAGCGCCCCGCGAUCCUAGCCGGCGCGCGCGCUGCCCAAGGCACGCUUGUGCCGAGCAGGAACGUGCCCGAGGCACGCGCUGGAGAGAA